AUGCAAGCGGGGACCAAAAAGGAGGGGAAGACAAAGCAUGAAAGAGGACAAGAAAACAAUAAAUCGAAGAAGUUGAAGUCGGAGUGUAUGUGGAAGAUAGCAACUUGGAAUGUAAGGGGUAUACAGGGAAAAGAGGAUGAACUGGAGGCUGAAUUUGAGGAUAUAGGACUGGAAUUAUUGGCAAUAACUGAAACAAAAAAAAAAGGGGAAGGAUCAACAAGAACAAAAAAUGAUCAUCUAUUAAUAUAUAGUGGAGUAGAGAAAGACAGGAGGGCACAAUCAGGAGUUGGAUGUCUGAUAAGUAGAAGAAUAUGUGAGAGUGUAUAUGGGUGGAGAAAUUGGUCAGACCGGAUAUUAUCAGUGGAGAUUAAGCACUUGAACAAUGAAAUCAAGACAAUAAUAGUGGUAUAUGGCCCAAAUGAAGAUGACAAUACUGAAACUAAGGACAAAUUUUGGGAGGAUCUAACAAUGGUCACCGAAGAAGCCAAGGGAAUCAUAAUUAUAUUGGGCGAUUACAAUGGUAGAGUGGGUAGAAUGGACAGGAUGUACAAGGAGGUAAUGGGACCAUUUGGAGAAACCAUAAGGAAUAAUAAUGGUGAGCGACUACUUAAUUUUUGUUUAUUAAAUAAUAUGUUAAUAACAAAUACAUUAUUUGAACACAAGAACAUUCAUAGAUACACAAGGGAGGUUAAAAGUCGCGGAGAGAAAUCGAUAAUAGAUUACGUCCUACUACAGAGAGAACAAAGGUCAAUUAUUCUGGAUACAAGAGUGAGAAGAAGACCAGAUAUCGGAAGUGAUCACUACGUGGUAUUAACUAAAUUAAAAGUGGAUACCAAUGGUAAAAUAAAGAAGCUCGAAAGCAGAGAAAAGAAAAUAGAACACGAAUGCAUAAGAACAUAUAGACUAUCAAACAAGGAGGUAUCAGAAUUAUACAGAGUGGCAACGGAAAAAAGAUUUGAGCAGGAAAACAAUCAGAUGAAGGACUCUUCAUUGGAAAACAUGUGGAAUGACUUUAAAAACAUAGUCAUAGAAACGGCAAAAGAAGCUUGUGGAAGCUACAAGAAAUCAAAUAAGAAAAAGCAAACAGCGUGGUGGACCAAGGAGAAUAUUUUUUAG